AUGUCGCAUUUUUCUGAUGAAGUUUAGAGAACUAUGAUGCGUUCAAUUCUUCCUGAAUGUCAAAUUACUGUCUUUUUUUUCCAUGGUUUUUGACAUUCAGUUGAGUGAAUCGGACUGUAGCAGCGUUCGCCGGUUGAACCUGAAUUCUUUCUGUGGAAAGGAGGAGCUAGAUAUGACUAUUAGUCGCUUCUCCUAACCAAACGUAAACAGCAUUGAAUAAGAGGAAUCCAAGAACGAGUAAGCCAUAUUGUCUGCUCUGGGUCGGGCCCUUCGUAAUGGCGCAUCAGAUGUGGCUCUUCGAAUCUGUGAUCCAUAACUGCUACUAAACAAAUAGUUAAGACAAAGAAAGAAUUGCUCGUGCAAUUAAAUGAAACGACGACCCCUCUGUCCUUCAUAAGCUAAUCCGUUCUUGUAAGGAGUCUCAUCAGCAGCAUUUCUUUCCAGCCAGGCACGAAUUUGUCAGGAUCCUUAAUGGGUAUCCAUGCGAUGGCGAUCCCCACGAAUAAAUAUUUCUCGCAAAACAGGUUCCUAGUAUUGAAUUGGAAGUGUCAAGCAUAGAGAUUACCAAUUCGGGCGAUGUAUCUAAAGUCGCAAUGUCUUUGCUGAUUCAACGACUGGUUGUCCUGUACACGUACCCACCAAGUGAAAGUCCAAUCUGCCCCUCUAUGUGGAAACACUGUAGACAGACCAAGCCUAAUGAAAAUUCCUGCUCAGUGAGGGUUACAGUGAAUAUUCAUCGAUGUCUUUUUGUGUCAGAGGUAACGGGUUGCAAUGUCGAGCGGCCGUGUUUCUUGAAGGAUGUGCCAGGGGAUGCAACCUUUUGGCAUUUGUUGGUGCCUGUCCCUUUAAUAUGCAGAGGAAAGAAAACGCUCAAAAGUAUUUCAGGAUGCCACUUCACAGUUUCAAACCAUUGAAAACAACUCACUUCUUGAAAUAUCUUGUCCUGGCAUCCUCCGACAGCGAAGAGGAAGCCAUUUUGUGGUCCUUGUGUGAAUCAAUCUCCAAGGAAGGAUGUAUCUAAACGGGGUUUUAGAAUUGAUUCUCAAACAGACUAAACUUAUUCAUUGAUAAACAUCUUCAUAAGGAACCCGUCCUCGUAUAAAUCAUAUGAUGAGGACAAAAAAUGCUGACCCAUCAAACCGCAACACAGCUCGACAUUUGCUUUAUCACGAUCAUCCACCCUUCCGGCAAGCAAUCGAGCAAUAGCAUAUGGUUGGGUUGCCCACGAGGAAAAAAGUUUUCAGCUUUGUAGUUAUCAAACAAUUCAUUUACCUGUGACGAGGCCACCGAUCUGUUUAAAAGAAAAAUUCAAUUAAGAUACUCAUUCAAUCCUAGGAAUUAUCAACAUAAGGAAGCUGUACUUAUGUUCUGUCUUAUAACGUGAAGAAACCCCCAGGGCCACACCUAGAAUAUCCGAAUAUGCACUCAGGCCAUCCCUAGAGAUCCUUCUUCAGAAUCACCACCAUCCUAUGUCUCGACUGCUUUCAAACUUCUGUAAUCAAGAUCCACACAAGAUCGACAAGGAACCUGCUUCUGAGAUCCUUGUCAAUAUAUCAAUUUCAGUCUUCUGUUGCCCAUCUUCUUGAUGAUUCUAGUCUCAUGCAACAAAUGUUUGAGCCAACUAUGCAAAAAUUCAAAUGCGACUGUUUUCAAAAUUUCUGCUAAAGGAUCAUCACAAAUGUCUGAAAAGCCAUCUCACGGGAACUUUUCAAGCAGUUUUUCAAAACAACUAGUUGGAUUACUAUUGAUUUUGAGCUUUCUACCUGUUUGUGUUCUUUUUUGUUUGCAAUAGUCACUUCUAGCUCUGUGAAAGCAGCAACACACAAAAAAUAUGUCCUUUGAAGUUCAAAGGGUGGUGGUGAUCGUGGAUGCCUCGAAAGAUGUCAGCCUGAGUGCAAUCAAAUGGGCCCUUCCAGGCUUACCACUUCAGCCUGGAGAUACGCUCAUGCUUCUUGGAGUUCUCCACCAGGUUAUUAAUCCUAGUACGUUAUCAAAGGCUGGAAAACUGCUGGGCUACAAGAGCAAAGUGGAUUCAAGGUCCAUAUUUGGAGCAAAUCAUAAGACCGUAAGGGAAGAAGUUGCACGAAAGAAGGAAGAGUACAUGAAUAAUAAGGAACUUGAGAAGCUAUAUCAAGAGUACAAGAAUGCAGAGAUCGACUUCCUAAUAGAUGUGAAAGCUGGAGCUUCGACUAAAGUUGUUGCUGUAAAGGCUGCCAAGAGUUUUAAGGCAACAUGGGUGAUACUUGACAGGCACUUGAAGAAGGAUAAGAAGUACCUCAUGGAAAAUCUUUCAUGUGGAAUAGCAAGGGUAACAAGCAAUAACCGCAUUGAAAAGUUGAAAGGGCAAAAAGCCAGUGUAAACAGUAAAAUGUCCACCAGUAAAAGCACUGGUGAGAGUAGAAGCUCUCCAGGUCAUGUCACAUAUUAUGAAAUGCUACCCAGCGGCACAGAGGAUGAAUUUUCUCCCAGGAUUAGACUGGGCAACACUGAAGCCUCGACUUCUAGUUUUACUGAGGACCAGGGCUCCCCACUGUACUUCCGCGACGAGGAGACUACCACAAACACAGAACAUGAAACUGCCGGAGAGCAAUCCCCUUUACUUGCUGCAGACGUGCAAGAGGAAGAUAAGACAAAUCCAGGUAGUGGAUUCAGUCUGGAAGAUUCACAGAUACAUCCCAGCAACAAGAACAGUGAUCGCAUGGAAGAUCGUCAACAAGAUGAGCAGUUUAAAAACCCCAUAUGCUCAUUUUGCAAGAAUAGACGUCCAAAAGUCGGAUGGAAGAGAGACUUCACUUAUGCAGAGCUCCAAGCUGCCACAGAAGGAUUCUCUCCAAAGAACUUCCUCUCGGAAGGUGGCUUUGGUUCUGUCUAUAGAGGAAAGCUGAAUGGGCUGAAAAUUGCUGUUAAGCAACAUAAAAGUGCCAGUUUUCAAGGGGAGAAGGAAUUCAAAUCUGAAGUUAACAUACUCAGUACAGCCAGGCACGAAAAUUUGGUCAUGCUGUUAGGAUCAUGUUCAGAAGGGAAUCAACGAUUGCUUGUAUAUGAGUAUGUCUGCAAUGGUUCUCUGGAUCAGCAUCUGUCCAUACACUCUCGCAGAAUCCUUACUUGGGACAAAAGGGUGAGAAUAGCCUUGGGAGCCGCAAAAGGUUUGCAAUAUCUUCAUGAGAAGAACAUCAUCCACAGAGAUAUGAGACCAAACAACAUCCUAGUGACGCAUGAUUUUGUAUCACUGCUAGGAGAUUUUGGUCUUGCAAAAACUCGACAUGAAGACUCGGAAUACAGCUCUGAGACAAGAGUUGUUGGAAGUCUAGGAUACUUAGCCCCCGAAUAUGCAGAAUGUGGGAAAGUUUCCACCAAGACGGACGUGUACUCCUUUGGGGUCAUUCUGUUGCAGCUGAUAACAGGACGGAAGACCACAGAUAAAUCUCUUGAAGGAAAAAGUCUUGUAGGAUGGGCACGACCGCUAUUAAAAGAACGAAACUAUCCAGAUCUUAUUGAUGGCAGGAUUGGGGAGUCCCAUGACGUCUACCAACUGUUUUGGAUGGUUCGAGUAGCAGAAAAAUGUCUCAGCAAGGAUCCUCAAAAGAGGAUGACCAUGGAUGCGGUAGUUGAUGCAUUGACUUACAUAAUGGAAGGCAAGUCAGUUGGCUGCAUCAGAGACUUCUCCCCAGCACAAUCAGAUUCAGUCAGUAGCAUGCCAGACUCCACUGAAUCUCCAUCCGACGAUAGAAGCUUCAAUGGGGACAAAGCACCGGCACAUGGCAUGGGUUAUGCGAGUGGAAGGCUCCCACCAUCACGUUCCAUGAAACCCACAUCUUCUGGAACUUCCUCAAGUGGUGCACAGAGCGCAGCUAGUGGCGAAACGACCAGCACAACGAGCGGAGAAAUAUUUGGGGACACCAAUGCAGAAUCUUCUAAUCAUUAGUCAUCACUAUAGGAUGUUGGAUCCCUUCAUCUGGCUUGAUGCCCACCCGUAACCUUUGACCAAACUGUGUUCCUUUUUCCCGAGGACAAUCUUCGGAGGAAAAUUUCACUAGAGUGGAACAAAAAGCAUCAUUUGCAGCAUCAUUCAUUGCACCUCCAAAGGUGAUAGACCCACACAGUAAGCAGACGGGAAUGUGUGCUUCGUUCCUUAGGGAUGAGGGAAGAAAAAAAGAUGCAUUUCAGGUCCGAUCUGAAGAAGAAUUCACACCCCCUUCAGAGGAUGUAAAACCUUAAAGCUCCGUGCUUCUUGUUGUCGUUCUUCAUCAACGUAAAGCUUCCGCCACUCGGCUCAUUCGGGGUUUUAUCUUGCCCGCGCAUUUUGGGAUCUUGAACGGCGAAUGUAGCAUAUAGGCCAGUGAGAACUAAAGAUCGAACGGAAGGAGAAAGAU